AAGGGUGCAAGAACACAAACAUAAACCACCCAAGAGCAAAGGCACUGAAAGAUUUCAGAACCCUACAGACUCAUUACAAGAGGAAGCACAGCACGAAGCGCUUCGCCUGUCGCAAGUGCGCUAAUAAGCGCUUUGCCGUGAAAGGUGACUGGAGAACCCAUGAGAAGAAUUGUGGCAAACGGUGGCUUUGCGUUUGUGGUUCUGACUUCAAGCACAAGAGGUCACUUAAAGACCACAUCACUUCAUUUGGCCAUGGUCAUGAUCAUGCUCCUUUUCCUUCUUCAUUUGAUGGGGUUGAGGAAUUAGUGUUGCAAGACGAGUAUAUGGAGAAGUGA